UAUACUCCCGCUGGAAACUUGAUAAACAAAUUAUUAGGAAGAACAAGGAUGAAUCAUAAUCCAUUGACGGAAGAACAAUUAAUGAAUAAUUUUUACCAGCCUGAAGGAUUCAAUUCAGAAAGAAGCGGAUAUAAUAUAUCGUAUCGUCCUGUAUAA